UUUUAGGUUAUCGAGUGGCCAUCACAGUAAAUGUAAAAUUCACCAGCAAGAGAAAGAAUUAAAAUCGCUGUGAAAAUUACAUCAUCAAAUAAUUUAACUAUAUAAUAAUAGAGUUAGACGGAAUGUCAAGGAAAAUGUCCGGGAUGAACGGCAUUGAAGGCAAGACUCCCUUCCUGAUCGGCGUCUCCGGAGGAACAGCCAGCGGGAAGACCACCGUCUGCAAUCGUAUUAUGGAGAAGCUGGGGCAAGUAGAUAUGGACCAGACUGAGCGUAAAGUCGUCUGCAUAUCCCAGGACUCCUUCUACCGGAACCUUACUCCAGCGGAAAUAAUUCUAGCGGAGAAAGGUCAGUUUAACUUCGACCACCCCGAAGCUUUCGACAACGACCUCAUUAUCUCCACUCUCAAGGAUAUUCUCGCUGGAAUCAAAUGCCAAGUUCCGACUUAUGAUUAUUGCACCCACAGCCGAGUUCAAGGCCAGUCGAUAACUAUUUACCCAGCAGAUGUCGUAUUAUUUGAAGGAAUCCUGGUAUUUUACUUGGCCAAGAUUCGGGAUUUAUUUCACAUGAAAUUAUUUGUCGACACUGAUUCCGACACCCGAUUGGCACGUCGUGUUGCUCGAGACAUUAAGGAAAGAGGCCGAGAUCUGAGCUCCGUGUUGAACCAGUACAUGAACAAUGUGAAACCAGCGUUCGAGGAAUUUGGUUUGCCAACCAAGAAGUUUGCGGAUAUUAUAAUUCCCCGCGGUGCUGAUAACUCAGUCGCGAUAGACCUUAUCGUCCACCACAUCUGGGAUAUUUUGGAUUUGAAGAAAAUGAAUGGAGCUGAAAUGACGCCGGCGUCUAUACAGCAUCCGUAUCUUCACCGUAGGCGGAUUUCUGAAUCACCUGACACUAUUAGCAGAUCAUUCAUUUCUGAUUUAAAUGGUUUUCAUUGAUCUUUUUUUCUCGAUGGAAAUUCAAAAAUAUUUAUAUGUAUUAUAUAUUAAUAAAAGAAAUUGUUUGGAUAUAAUAU